AAACUCUUUGAGCUCUAUCCUAAUUCCACCUGAACAAUGCAAUCAGCAAUGAAGUUGUUUUUCAUUUUUCUGAUUUUUGUCUUUUCUGUGUCCUGUGGUCCUUCAGCUCCUCAGAUGAAAACAAGAGAUGUUUUAGAAAGAACACACAAAUGUUUCCUGGUUGGUGGUGAAUGCAAGUCUGAAUGUAGCAGUUGGGAGUAUGAAUACGUUUUCUGUUACACUGGGCCUUGCUGUGUGAUGCGAGAAUACAAAAGAGUAGAGAAAUUCUCAAAUACUCCCAAAUAUACAACUUAAAUUAUGAAUUGUAAAUCUAAUACGUGAUCGAAACUAUACUAGUUACUAAUAAAAAUGGAUAUUUUACUUU